ACAAUUUCUGCGUUGUAUCGUGCACUGUGCAGUUUGCAUUAAAAUCACAAUUGAAAUAAAAGUUUUGAUUUUUAAUUAAGAUUAAAAUUUGUACACUCUGCUGAAGUUCUGUGAAUCAAACUAGUGAAACAAUUAGAUUGAGCGCCCUAGGUACAAUUGGUUUUCUGUAUUGUCGCCACGGCCCCGCUUCGUGAGAAUAUCUAGAUUUUAAUCACAAUUACUUGGUCGAAUUCUGUGAUAAACACCUAACGUACUGCGUUGUGUUUCUUUAUUUCGUUUCAAGUUGCGUUACAAUUGAGUUUUGUCUUGCAUGUCAAUAGUUUAUUAUAAGUUUUCAGUAGCAGCCCUGGAAAGCGGAUUACGGUUCUACGUUGUCUCUGGAAGGCAGUUUACGGUUCUACGUUGUAGUUUUGAAGCUGUAUAAUAUGUUAAAAAUUAAACCUGAAAAUGACGAUGCAGAAGAAUACUCUGUUGAAUAAACGUUCGGAGUCGUUGAACCAAAACCGUUAGAUGUGCUGUUCAAAACCAUUGAAAUAUCUACAACAGAGGAGUAUUUGGUUAAGAAUGAAGUCGAUGAUACUUAUGAAGUUUUGAAGCGGUAUAAUAUAUUAAAAAUUAAACCUGAAAAUGACGAUGCAGAAGAAUGCUCCUUUGAAAAAUCUAAACCGUUAGAUGUGCUGUUCAUAAACAAUUCAAUUUCUACAACAGAGGAGAAUUUGGUAAAGAAUGAAGUCGACAAUACUUAUGGCAUACACGCCGAUUAGAGGAAGUCAACAUGCGGCUGGAUACGAUCUAAAAAGUGCAUACCAAUAUAUUGUAGUAGCACAUGGAAAAGAAUUGAUUAAGACCGAUCUACAAAUUGUGGUACCACAUGGUACAUAUGGACGAAUUGCACCGAGAUCAGGAUUAGCAUGGAAACAUUUUAUUGAUGUUGGAGCUGGAGUAAUUGAUCAAGAUUACCGCGGAAACGUUGGUAUUCUCCUAUUCAAUCAUUCUGAUGUAGACUUUAUCGUUCAACGUGGAGAUCGAGUAGCACAACUAAUAUGUGAAAAAAUUGUGUAUCCAGAACUCAGGGAACUUCGGUCAUUAGAUGAAACUGAUAGAGGAGAAAAAGGAUUCGGUUCUUCAGGAUAAUUUU